UACAUUGCCUCCGCUGAUCUCUCCGACGGUCAGACCAAUGAGAAGAAAGGACCAGACCAGAGUCCGUAGAGUUGCACGCCAUGCUUUAUAAGUUGUACUCAAAGAAAAAAUGGAGACUGAAGAGCCAGUUUCGAAACCCUCAUGGUUAAAUCACGCACGACGACUCCUCGAGACUAAAUUUCAAGGAAUUCCACGGCGUUCCGGAUCUGAAUCGAGGAAUCCAUCUGUCUGAUCGUUAGAGAAAUUUCAACUGGGUUAGGGUUUCCGGUGCUCGUUUCCGUCAGAUUUCUGCUUCGCUGCGAAUACUUUUUUGCGCCAUGAGGAAGAAGCUCGGCACUCGUUUCCCAGCAGCACGGAUAAAAAAGAUCAUGCAGGCUGAUGAAGAUGUCGGGAAGAUCGCCAUGGCAGUGCCUGUUUUAGUCUCGAAGGCUUUGGAAUUAUUUCUUCAAGAUCUUUGCGACCGUACUUACGACAUAACUGUGCAGAGAGGAGCAAAGACUGUUAAUUCGCUGCACUUAAAACAUUGUGUGCAUAGCUACAAAUUGUUCGACUUUCUCAAAGAAGUUGUCAGCGAAGUCCCCGACUACAGUCAUUCUGAUUCAGCCGCCGACUUGAAAAGAAGGAAAGUCGCAGCCCACGAAUCGAACGACAGCGACGAAGAGUCCAAAAGAAACAGCGUCCACGAAGCAGGUCCGGCGAGUAGCAGUGCGAGGGGGAGGGGAAGAGGCCGAGGAAGAGGGCGCGGCCGACCCAGCCGAGCAGCCGAAAGAGAAUUCGCUCGUCUCGAAGCUGAAUCCGCCGCUACCACCGUCGAGCCCGCAAUCAAACCAGACCCCGACCCAGAAAGGACGUCGAAUGACAUCUCCGAGCCGCACCAACCUCCGAAAGAUGACAAAGAUAACAACGCCAUCGGAGAACCCAAAACACCAAAUCUCGAUCUCAAUUCUGGAUCGGGCGAAACUUCAGCGAAAACAGCGCCAGCCCCGUCAGCUGACGCAAAAGUCGACGACCGCCCGAGCCUCUCUGAAAUCGACGGGAUGGCCAUCGACCCCGUUCAUUUGGCGCCGGUUCGAUCGAGUUUAGAUGAAAUUGAGGAAAACUACGAUGAAGAAGAAGAGUGAUUCGACGGGCCAUAGGUCGAGGUUUGCUUAUAAACAUGUUAGAAUAGCCUUAAGCUUAAACUCCGCUACCGUUUGUGUUUGUUGUGCAUUACGAGUAGUUGCCCGAGCCCGGGAACUCGUCGAUUGUGUAUGAUUGUCGCAACAUUGUGUGUUUUAGCCUCGGAAAAUUUUUAUUUCCACCCGGCCGUCUUAUCGGAUGUGCCCGGUGGAAUUGUACAAUAUGAUUGUUGUUGUCGUCGUAUAUGUCUGAGUAAAUAUGUUAAACUAUAGAGUCGAGCAUCGGGCAGAAUUCAGCACUGUACUGAUAAUACGUCGUUUAUUAUUAUCCAAUUUUUUAGGAAAA